GCCAAGGACACCAGGCUUGAACCCGACAUGAUUGCGGUGAUCGGCGACUCGUUCGUGGACGUCCUGGCCGGCGUCGAGACGCUACCUGCAUGGGGACGAGACUCUCCAUGCAAAGAACCCAUCCAAAUGCAGCCUGGUGGAUCUGCACUGAACACGGCGACGCAACUCGCCAACCUCCGCGGCGACGACGAGGUCACGUUCUUUAGUGCGGUCGGUGCCGACGCAUUCGGCGACAUGCUCAAGGCCCAUCUCGAAAAGAGCCGCGUGAAACUGCAUGCAGCCCACUUGCCUCUCAUUGUCCCGACGGGUGUUUGCAUUGUCUUGACAGGACAAGGAGACCGUGCGUUCGCGACGCACUACGGAGCCACCAGAGUGUUUGCAGUAUCGCACGUCGACCUGGACGCGCUUUUCCGCGCGACACACAUCCACAUCGGUGGGUUCUACAGCGUCACGGGGCUCCUUCCCGGCCUCGUGGAUCUUCUAAAGGCGGCCAAGGUGCGAGGAAUUACGCUGUCCCUCGACACGAACUACGACGGGUCCGAGCAAUGGAAUGGCCUGGACGAAAUCCUCCCUCUUCUCGACGUGUUUUUGCCUAACGAAGUCGAGGCUCAGCGCAUCUCCAAACGCGACUCGCUCGACGACGCCGUCGCGUACUUCCGAACGGUGGCACCGUCGACCUUGAUCGUUGUCAAAAUCGGCCGUGAAGGGGUUUGCGCCACGCGCGGCGAUUUCCACGCGUUCUUUCGAGGGUUCCCCGUCGAUAACGUCGUCGAUGCGACUGGCGCCGGCGAUGCAUUCAAUGCUGGGUUCCUCCACGAGUGGGUCAAAACCAACGACGUCGAGCAAGCACUCAAGUGGGGGUGUGCAGUCGGCUCGCACUGCGUGCGAGUAGUUGGGGCGUGCUCCACACUGCCUGACCCGCAGCACGUGCAGCAGCUUGUACGCCAAGCAUAACGGCGCGAUAGACACCCGACAAAGGCCAGCUUGGACUCGUAUAUAGUUUGACUCGAUGCAAUUACUGCUGCGAACAUUGGGGCGUCCCAUCUGUGGAGGCGGACGGUUGGAGCAAUGCUGAGCUUUGCCUCGAUAGCGGUGUGGUUGAGGUCGCUGCGGUCGACUGCGGCGACGACGUUGUUCGACUUCGCUUCGCUCCCGGUGUCGACUGGGCUGCGACUGCUCGUUCCAUCGUCGAGUCGUCCAGCUUGCGCUUCAAUGUCGGCGACAACACACCGGGCGACGCGAAUACUGCGCCAUUUUCUUUCUCCAUCGCUUUCGACCGGCGUUCUUCGCGUAGGCGAAGUCUGUUGGUAAUAUCUUUG